CAGGGUAUUUGAACCCAGCUAUCUAAGCACGUAGGCCGCGUCACACUUCAUGUCGUCACUGGAACCUUUAUCUUUCUCUUUACCAAGGUACUGCCACAGUUUGACACCCAAUAGACGAUGUAUCUUUCGUGCUGGGGUGUCGUUAAACAUUAAUUCAUUCAUUCUUUACCAAGAUUAUUGAGGAUCCCACAAAUCUAGAAAAACACGCAGAGGACCAGUAGAUUGAGACAUGGAGAUGACGAAAUUUGGAAACAGUAUUGGAUACGGCCCUGAUGGAAAUGAUGGUUGUGAAAACACGGCGUAUGUCCCAGAUAUCGGCGGUAGCAAAUACGAGAUGUCAGACCCUGACAACGUGCAUGUGAACCCGGCUGAGGAUAAGGGUGAGGAUGAGGAUGAGGAUGAGGGUAACUGCUGCGCUAGAGGCAUUCUGGUCGUCCAACAGGGCAUCAGCUCUUGUGCGACCUCCUAUAACAAACAGAUCUGGAUCGUCAUCAAAGUCGUCCUGUUUCUCCUCUACUGGGCCUACUUCGGCUACGCCCUCUACUACCACUACGGCGGCGAGGGCUCGAAGAGACUUCUCGGUGCCAGUGUGUUUGGGGUGAUUCUAAUCAUCUGGCACUUCAUUGGAGACCGAGUUUUAAAGGUCGUGAGAAAGGUGGCUGACAGCUGUACCGGUGACUGCACGGAGACAGGUCGCCGCCGCUCACGGAUCGGUGUCCGUAUACUGCUAUAUGUGGCGAUGUCGUUGUUUAUAAUUAUCUACACGGUGAUGGCGAUCGCCCUGAAGACUCCCAAUAAUCUGAUGUCUCUCUCCGGAAUAGCGCUCUUCAUCAUUCUCCUCUUCGUUUUCUCUACCAACCCAGCAAAGGUCAACUGGCAUCCCGUGUUUUGGGGCAUGGCCAUCCAGUAUGUGUUUGCGUGUCUCAUUCUGAAGACCUGGUGGGGCUACGAGACGUUCAAAUGGCUAGGGGAUCGAGUCUCGGAGCUACUCAGCUACUCUAACUCUGGUGCCAUCUUUGUGUUCGGAGAGAAGUACACCGACCACGUGUUUGCUUUCAAGGUUCUUCCAGUAAUCAUCUACUUCAGCACGAUGAUCUCCGUCUUGUACUAUCUGGGCAUCAUGCAGGCCGUGAUCAAGACGAUCGGAAAGUUCCUCGCGUUCGCUCUCGACACGACGCCCGCGGAGUCGCUCAGUGCCGCCGGCAACAUCUUCGCUGGGCAGACUGAGAGUCCACUAUUGAUCCGCCCAUUCAUGCCGUACAUGACAAAGUCGGAACUGCAUGCGAUUAUGACCGGUGGAUUCGCUACCGUCUCCGGCAGUGUACUGGGAGCCUACACAAGUUACGGGGUGCCAGCCAAUCAUUUGCUAUCAGCGUCUGUGAUGUCCGCCCCAGCAGCCCUUGCGAUGUCUAAACUGUUCUGUCCCGCUACCGAGAAAACCGAGGUAGACGAACAGGCUGUGUACAAGAUGCAGAAAGGGUCUCACCGGAACGUGAUCGAGGCUGCCUCUGACGGCGCGUCCACGGCCAUUAAACUGGUGGCCAACGUCGCCGUCAACGUCAUGGCGUUUCUGGCUAUACUGGCCUUCGUUAAUGGUACGUUGACGUGGUUUGGCGACAGAGUUGGAAUCGAAGGACUGUCGUUUGAACUUAUCUGUUCGUACGUGUUUUACCCCAUCGCUUACACCAUGGGUGUGGACCCGGUCGACUGUCGGCGGGUGGCCAAGCUGAUUGGCUUCAAGACGUUCACGAACGAGUUUGUGGCCUACAUCGAGAUGGGCAAGCUGUUAGAUAACGGGAAGGUAUUCAAUAACUACACGCUGGGCUUGAACAACACCAACUGGCACCUCAGCGACAUGGACGUCGUCCUGGACGACUGGAACGUGACGCUAGCUGGAGGAUACCUCCUGCCUCGUUCUGAGGUGAUAUCGACGUACGCCCUAUGCGGCUUCUCGAACCUCGGCUCCAUGGGGAUCCAGCUGGGAGGUCUGGGCGCCAUGGCUCCGAGCCGCAAGUCAGACAUGAGCGACCUCGUCCUCAGGGCCAUGAUCGCCGGCAACGUGGCCUGCUUCAUGACGGCCUGCAUAUCAGGAUUGUUUUACGAAGAAUUUUGAAGGAAUAUCCGGUCUCACACGAAGAAAGACGAAAGAUACACGAUGGUCUACAAAACAGCGGGUUGGCGCCCUCUGACAUGGACGUGAUAACAAUGACUGUUGUUAGAUCUUUUGACGGAGAACUAAAGUGAGAGUGACAACUGGCCAGUAGCGUGUGCUUUUAAUAAUUACAGGGGCAAGGAACUUUCUACUACACCCUGUAACAGACUCCAUUUUAAAUGUGGUUGGGUUUGUUUUGUUUUUUGUUGGGUUUUGUUUUGGGGUGGGUGGGUUUUAUUAUUUGUUGUUGUUGUUUUGUCAGUAAUUCCAGUUUGGCAUGACAUAAAAGAAAACGUGUUUUAAAAAUAACACAUGAAAACAUUGGUGAAGAUGUAAACUAAACAGCAAUACUCACUCACAGUGCACAAGGUCGUCUGCUCAUGGACUUUGAAAUUGUAUUUGCUAUAAUCUUUUGGGAUAAUGCAUCCCAUACAAAACGGAUCUCCAUCUAGUAGAGCCAGAUUAAAGGAUCUGUCCUGAGUUUGCUGCCGCUGUAAGAUGUUUCUUUGUAACGACUAAAAUUACAUUUCAAAUAAAUGUUCCUGCUUAGAACAUCAGCCUGUUUAUUACCCAUAUGGUUAAAACAAUAUCCUGGUACCUAUCAAAUUGAUACGUCCCACUAGAACGCAAACACUUCGACGUUCUCGAUUGGCAGACUAUAACCUUAAAGGAACGUCAACUAAACGAGUUGAAUGAAAUAAAUUAAGAUCGAUAUUAUGGGUAAAAAAUAGGAUAUUAAAGUCGCUACCAUUUCGUAUCAUGUUUAUGUCCCUCGUGAAAUAAUUUUCGUUAUCACUCGCUAAAACUCGUGACAACUGAAAAUUGUUUCACUCAGGACAUAAAUAUGAUAUGAAAUGGAAGCUCGUUUAAUGUCUUAUAAAUAAAUAUCCAGUGUGCUUCUGAUCAUCCUAGCGUUUGUAGUAGCUUAAAUUUUAAUUCCUAAUAUACGUGUAUAUUUUUCAUGUACAUGUAUACGAAAUUAUUGGGAGAUGAAAUAUGAAACACAUUACAUAUACACACACCGAUAUUCUAAACAAGAACAUACAUUGCACGUCAUCGUUGCAGUUAGAAAGGCUCUACUAGUCGGGAACAUGUUACAAUACCAGCAAACUCGGGACAGUCUUUUUAAGAAAAUAAUAAUCACACAGUGUUUUGCAGAAUUAAUUAACAAUGGAGUCUGGUUUGGGGUAUAAGUGUUCAAGGUGUUGGCGGCUACCUAAGUCGUACAUAUUCGUCACACAUAAUGGUGCAUUCAUAAUUAACAUUAACAGUAGUCUCCAUUACCUAACUGAUGAACAUAUACCAAGGGCGGACCCAGGAAACAUUUUAGGGAGGGGACCAAUGGCAAAAUGGCACAUGGAGCAACUCCCUAAAAAGGGCACUUCAAUGAAAAUUGUAAACAUAUUGUUAAAAAAGGAGCACUUUUAUUUUUAGGGGGAGGGACAGGUCCCCCUGGUCCCCUCCCUUGGAUCUGCCCCUGAAUACCGGUGUUGUAACAAAAUUGUACGCACUACCAGUGUCGUACAGAAGUUGUCAAUUUGACAUCUUUUUUUCUUUGCGCCAACAGAAUGUCUCAUUUCAUCCACAGUGAUACACAGUUCAAUGUAUAGUUUACUGACACACUUAUUAGUAAAGUAUAUUUUGGAAUUUAUAUACAGUGAACCUCGCGAACGUUUCCUUAUAUCUGAUCUAACUUUCGUUCAGUCAGAUACCGGGAAAAUUAGCUCGUUUCGUAAAAAUCAUAUCUAACGAAAAGGAGUGUAGUAUUCAAUAUCACGGGCGUAGGAAGGUGCCAAGAAGUGUCUGUGUGUGUGUGGGAGGGGGGUGUGGGGGGGGGGGGGGGCACACACACACACACAU